UUAGCUUUACAAAAAAAUAACUCUUAGACAAUAUAUUUUUUUCUAAGCAUAUACAAUAUUAUGGAACCUAUAGUAGGAGCUUUCCCUGAUGGAGAAUGGGAUUUCUUUCGCAAAAUGUUUGCUAGUGAAGAUCAUGAAUAUUACUCACAACAAUUUCUUGAUCAAAAUUCACUUCUUCUAGGGGAAGAUGAUGGAUUGAACAAUGUAACACAAUCCACAUUUUACUCUUCUGAAAAUGAGUGUAUGUUUUAUUCUUUUGAUCAUAUCUCAAACUCUAACUAUAUUUCUCAAUCUCAAGAAAAUAGUUACAAUAGCAAUUCUAGUGCUAGUGAUGAUACAAAUCAAUAUUUUAGUUAUCCUAAUCAAGUAUUAUUAGAAAAUAAUGUUGAUACUUGUAAAUCCAUGGAUGAGAAUUUUUUUGCUUCAUUUGUCACACCCUUUAAUGAGAUUGUAAUGGAAGAGAAUAUGAAAUUGAAUGAAGAUGUUAUUGGAAGUGAUGAUCAUAUUUUGGAGAAAAAUGAUUACACUACUCAUGUUGAUUUUCCAAACAAGAAUGAGUUGCAAAUGCAGCUCAAAAGGAAGCUUGAUGUGAUAGAAGUUGAAGAAAAAAUAAACAAGAAAUCCGAGAAUCCAAAGAAAAAAUCCCGUGUUUCAAAAGAUGGGCAAGGAUGCAUGAAAAAUGCAAGGUCAAAGAAUAACUUGAAGAAAGUUGCUAGCAAUGAAGAGAUUGCAGAAGAGAUUGAUAAUGGAGGAUCAAAUGGAAAUAGUUCUAGUAGUAACAUUUCUGAGGAUGAAAAUGGUUCUCAAGAAAAUAGUGGAGGUACUACUCUAAACUCAAAUGGGAAGACAAGAGCUAGUAGAGGUUCAGCAACAGAUCCCCAAAGUCUAUAUGCAAGGAAAAGAAGAGAGAGAAUAAAUGAGCGGCUAAGAAUUCUACAAAAUCUUGUACCAAACGGAACAAAGGUUGAUAUAAGUACAAUGCUUGAAGAGGCAGUCAAUUAUGUGAAAUUUUUACAAGUUCAAAUCAAGCUUUUGAGCUCUGAUGAUAUGUGGAUGUAUGCACCACUUGCUUAUAAUGGACUUGACAUUGGACUCAAUCUCAACAAUUCUCUACCACUAUGAGCUUCAAAGAUACUAUACUACAAUUUUUUUACUGUAAUAUUAUGUAGCAAUUAAACGGAAAACAAUUCCUUAAAGGAAAAAAUACAUAAAAUGAAAUUGAGCAAUUUUUUAGCAAAGAAAAAAAUUGCUCAAUUAAUUGAGCAAUUAUAUAUAUGUAUUCUUCUAACUUGUAUUA